AACAUCCUACGGUACGGUACUGGGUACGGUUGUUUGAGUACGUAGGCGUACGUACGUACAGUAUGGAGAGAUCAACCAACAGUGUCAUUCAUUCCUCCGGUUCGAUUCGAAUUCGGUAGAACAACGGAAGGAUCCCCACGAGCAGUAUUUUUCAAGCCAUUGCUUUCGUAGAAGGAUAUUAUAGAUUAUUACUGUAUUCAUUAUGAACCGAUUGCGUCCCGUGCUGGCACGCGGAAAGAAGCAGCAUCCACGCCAUUCGUGGUUGACUGGCUUGGUCGCUACGUACUAUAGUCGUCCCGACCACCACGAACCAUACACGGGAGCCAGCAGUCCUUCCUUCUCUGUUGUGGUGCUCCCCGUCCACUGGUUCAACCCAUCGUACCGUUGGACGCAUUGUAUCCGUGGUCGGAUUCCAUGUCGCCCGCCGAGGGCACCACGCAGGACAGCUCGAGGUCGCUCUCGCCCUCUCCGGCGGAGACUUCCAGCUGCAUGACGUAGUUUUUCGCGUCCGGGUUGGGCCUCCACAACACCGAGACGCCAAACAAAACGAACAGGUAGUUGGCGUGCCCGAUGGCCUGCAGGAUCCACAUCUGGUCCCGGGUGAGGUACWGRRUGAAGAACUGGACCAGGKUCACCACGAUCAWCGCACCGAUGAUCCACAGUGCCGUGAGGAUCAGGCACUUCAGCUUGUAGUGCCGGCGCAGCUUGGAGUGCUGGUUCAUGUUUCGGAGGUAUUCCGUGGUCGCUUUCAGGGAGGAGAUGAUCCACCAGAAAAAUACCAUGUCGAUGGCAACCACGACCGCGGACAGGAUCAGCGAGAUGUCGACCAGCUCUUCCUCUUUGGUGAGGGACACCGAAUUGAUCGAUGUCGCGGCGGUGAUGCCGAAAUAGUCGCGGGCAAAGACCACACCGGCAUACGCGAGACCCAAAAAGACAAUCUUGUACAGCGACGAUCCCAGGCUGUCUCGCACGACGCCCCAKCCCAUGGCGACCAU